AUGGAAGUAAGACAAAACAAACGCGCCAAACUCGACGAUGGUAUUGGAGGGGAGCUGUCACACAAUGUACGUUACGGUCAGGGAAGAAGUCCUUUAAUCAACAAGAAGUUGUUGCUUCCGGAUGAAGCGGGGGAAAUCGACGAAGACUUGAAAACUGCCAGGCAUCAAAAAGACACGAUUGAAGGUGGUGGCAAAGGUUUCGGUCGUCCUGUACAGAAUUUAGAAGAGGGACAUAACGGAAUCCGGGCAGAUUUCGAGCAGCUCUAUGCUAUUGGAGCUUCCGAGAUGUUCCUGUUGGGAAAGGCCGGUUCGGGGCCGCCCGUAAUGCUGAUGAAGUUGUCGUAUGUGCUAGCACAGAAGAUUGAUAACCAAAUUUCAGCUGGCCGAGCAUAUCGACGUGCGAAGGACACAUCAACCCUUGAGUUGGAUAGGGCGCUCAGAAAUAACAAGCUCAUGGAAAAUUAUCUUCUUGAACGUAUGCGAGGUAUGUUGAAGCUUAAGCGGGACCGAAAGCCGACCCCUGAAGAGAAUCAAGUCGCUUUUCGCAUGCGUCAGGAAGCUCAGAAUCUGGAAAAAGCAAAAACAAUAUUUGAGACGGAGAAAGCAAGGCUGGUACGAAAUGUCGAACUUGCUCGUGAAGCCUGGGAGAAUGCUGCGUUGCCAGCGGAGGAGGUCUCUCAGCACCUCUUCGUCCAACGUAGAUUAAUCGAUGAGCCUUCGCCAUUUGAGAGUCUCACUGAGCACUGUCGCUGGACGGAAAACUGCGGCAGCGACUGUAAAAGCGACGAGGCAGAGGUGGCGUACGCGUGGGACCGCUGGGGUUACGCGACCAUCCUUUGCAACGGCUACGAGUACUGCUGCAAGAAGAAGUAUCCCGUCCCGCUCAGCAAAUGCCACUGGGACGGCAAGGGAGACUGCGCCCAGAACAUGUGCGCAACGUUGGAGGUGACGCUGUGGAUCAACAUGCGAGGAGAUACGGAUGACAGCGGCUCCUGCAACUGGCGCCGGCACAAGUCGCUCUGCUGCACGCCCUCCGCCGACGCCCCGGAGCAAAGCGUUUGCGACACUGACAUCUGCGCUGACGGCGAGUCCCUGUGCGAUGACAGCGCUGGCGAUGCGGUCAGCAGUGUGACCCGGAGGGCAUUGUCCGUGGGUGACAGCGGUGACGAUGACAUUGAUGACAACGAAUCCGAGUACUUUGGCGAGCUGGAUAAGACCAGGCCCGGCGAACCACGCGAGUUCGCCAUCAAAAUGGCGGCUGCCGGCACUCUUGUCUGA